CAACAAUCAAAUGUAAACAAUACCCGGGAACUGAAAAACAAUUUUUCCGCUAUUGCGAUAAAAUAAGUGAAACUGUACUUUGCUAGGAUAGUUUAAACGCAAAAGUACAGAAAGUCACUAUAAAUCAAAAUGAAUCCUAUGACCAAUAUGAAAAAUGUGCUAAAACUAAGCGAACAGGAUCUGAAAUCGGGUGGCGUUGGUUCCUGGCACAAUCAGUACAGCGGCAGUGCUUGGAUAUUUGUCGGUGGACUGCUCUAUGACCUUACCGAAGGUGAUAUACUGUGCGUAUUUUCCCAGUACGGGGAGGUCGUGAACGUGAACCUGGUGCGGGACAAAGCGACCGGGAAGUCAAAAGGGUUUGCCUUUAUCUGUUACGAAGAUCAGCGAUCUACCGUGCUGGCGGUGGACAAUUUGAACGGUAUAAAGCUCGUGGGAAAAACGAUCCGUGUGGACCAUGUGCAGGACUAUCGACCACCUAAGGAAACGGACAAAAUGGAUGCAGAAACGCAACAGCUGUUAAUGGAAGGAUGUGCACCGGAGGUGGUGAUGAGAAAGCAGGCAGAAGGACGCUCGGACAGGCGGACACCAGAACGCAGUGCGGAACGAUCGCGGAAGACGGACAGUAGAGUUAAGCAUGACCGACAUGAACCGUCGAUUAAGAGGGAGAAAGAAAGACGAUAGAAAAUUGAUGGGAUCCGUUAAGCUGCAGUUUGUAAAGUGAUUUAUUGAUUUCUUUUUCAUACCGAUUUGGGUAGGUUUUUAAGUAGAUAAAUUCAUAUCCCGUAAGAUCCCGUAAGAAAUAUG